UCCAUUUCUUUUGAUAUUAUGUCAAGGAAUUAUUUUAUUUUCAGCAAAUGGCGUGAGUUCUGAAGCAGUAGUCCAAAUGGGAGACAGUUUAGUAAUAGGAGAAACGAUUCAAUUUGGUGAAAACAACGUUAACCAGUAUCUUGCUAUACCACAUGCAGAACCACCAGUGGGCAAUCUACGUUUCAAACCAACAGUACCACUUAAAGGCUUCCCUCAAAUACUUCAGGCCAAAUAUAUGCCCCCAGCUUGUCAUCAGUAUACAGAUAUGCCAUUUCCUUGGUAUUUUAACGAUCCUAUCAAGAGUGAGAAUUGUCUGUAUUUGAAUAUAUGGACACCUGCCGAUGCCAGUCCUCAGAAUCCAAAACCGGUUUUAUUCUGGAUACCGAGUGGUCAAUUUAGGUUUGGUUCGACCACACUUUCAUUUUAUUCAGGUUUAGUACUAUCUAGCGAAGGUAACGUUAUCGUCGUAACUAUUGGAUAUCGUCUUGGAUCGUUUGGUUUUCUGUACACAAGUACAGACGAUGCACCAGGAAAUGCUGGGUUGUGGGACAUAUUAACAGGUUUAAGGUGGGUGAAAAAUAACAUUGGUUAUUUUGGCGGAGAUCCUUCACAAAUCACGAUUGGUGGCGAAAGCUCAUCGGCCGUCAUCGUUGGACGCAUUACCGAGAGUCCCCUUGUCACUUGGCUCUACUCUCGACUGAUCAUGGAGAGCGGGUCGCCUGCAAACCUCCAAACGGAAUUCAGUGGCAUCAAUCUUAAACAAUCCAAAGAACUGGCAAAAAAGCUUGGCUGCGCUACGGAAGACAUUGGGGAUUUACAAGUUAAUCAAUGUUUGAAAAAUGUGCCUGCAGACGUACUGGAAAAAACCGAAUAUGAAGUGUUUCCUGGUAGAGGUGGAGACUUCUAUCCCAUAUACGGGGACGAACUUAACCCUACCAAUCCAAGAAGAGACCUGACUAUUUUGGAAAGUGAUAAGCUUGGUUUCUUCGGCGAUAAAAAUACCCCCUUUACGAGGGAAAUAGCAUUAGAUGCAACUAACAAGUUCAUCGAGUUUCAUCCAGAUCUCCAAUCUGCUGAGAAAUACUAUGUUCCAGCUCUUGAUCUCGAAUCUGUGUUAAAGAACAAAGUUUAUGAAAGAGUACCAGACGACGACACUCACCUCUUCAGGCAUGAUAUAUAUACCGGAUUUGGAGACUUAGACUUAGUCUGUCCAACUGUCUACUUUGCCGAUCAAUGUGCCAAACAAGGAAAUGAUGUCUAUUAUUAUAACUUUGUACAUCGGUACAACAGCUCACCAUUUGCGCCUUGGAUGGGAGUCACACAUUUCUCGGAACUUCAAUUUGUCUUUGGUUUACCAUUUCUAUAUACAAGCUAUUACACAGAAGAAGAAAGAAAACUUAGCAGACAGAUUAUAAGUUAUUGGACCAACUUCGUAAAAUAUGGACAACCGGAUCCAGAAUGGCCAACUUACACCGAAGACAAUCCCAUUUAUAAAGUUAUCGGCAGUGAAAAUGCACCCGAGAACUGUAUCCAACUGCGACUCACUACUAAACAACUGGCUACUCCACACAACGCUGGAACUCCACUGUUGCUUCGCAAUCCUCUCGAAGACUCGUUACUUGUCUACGACUCCGACUACGCUUCCGAUCUGGUUCCUUGCAGCUUGAGACUGCCGUUCUUUUAUAGUUUCCGGGAGGCGGCCGAUAACCUCUUGGCCAAUUAG